AACGGGAGGAGCUGGAAGAAGCUGCUGGCUGAGCCAAACAUCAGGGUUGUUAUCCGUUGACCCUCAGGAAGAUGGCGGCCGCUUCCUCCUCCUCCUCCUCCUGCAAUGCAGAAGAAGAUGAGAGCUUAAAAGGAUGUGAGCUCUACGUUCAGAAGCACAACAUUCAGCAAAUCCUGAAGGAGUGCAUUGUGAACCUCUGCAUUGCUAAACCCGACCGGCCGAUGAAGUUUUUGCGGGAACAUUUUGAGAAACUGGAAAAGGAGAUGACCAGGCUGAGCUCAAGGGAGGAGUCAAAUGUCAGCGGAGCAGCUUACGGGGACCCAGAAAACACAGUCACGGGGUCCAUGAACAUCCAGGGCCCGGCCAGCAGCUACGCAGGGAAAUCCGUGAUGGGCUCUAUGCACAUCAGGGGAGGCAAGACACUGAUGGGUUCCAUGCAUAUCCAAGGACCAGCAGAUAACAUCUCAGGGGCAUCAUUGACAGGUUCCAUGAAGAGCAGUGAUGGCGAACCUUUUCAGCACCGAGUGCCCAAAUCGGAACAUGCAUGCAUGUCUGUGCAUGUUAAGGGCACAGCUUCUGUCCUCCAGCGUAGGUCUGACAAAGAGGAAUAUGUAGAAGUCGGACGCCUGGGUCCAUCUGAUUAUUUUGGGGAAAUCGCCCUCUUGCUCAACAGGCCCAGGGCUGCUACGGUGGUGGCCCGCGGGCCCCUGAAGUGCGUGAAGCUGGAUCGCCCACGCUUCGAACGAGUCCUCGGCCCUUGCUCCGAGAUCCUCAAGAGGAAUAUUCAAAGAUACAACAGUUUCAUCUCCCUCACUGUCUAA